GGGCGGAGUCUGUCCCCGCUGCGUGUUGUCAUCACGGAGGUAGGUGCUGGAUGGGUAUCGCUAUGGUCCGUACGACUUCAGUCUGGAGGCUGAGACUGAACGAGGGCGAUGUGAGAGCGACUGCCGCCUACUUCAGCUGGUUUUUACCAUUUAAAGGAUAACUAACAGAAGCCGGACAGGACUCCGCUCACACUGGAAGAUCCAACUGUCGUUCUGCAUUGGUGGCACGCUGUGAGAAAAGACUUCACUCCGCUGUGCCUCAGUGCUCCUCAGACACUUGUCCUUGACAUCCAAAUGCUGGGUGUCGAUUGUCAUGCCACCCGCCUUCUGUGAGUUAUGAUGACGGCUGCUUCAUUGACUCAGGAAGGAGGCUCCUCCUCCACUCACCAGUGAGCAAAUCACAGGAUGUAAUGAAGAAGGGUCCUGAAAGUCUGCUCUUCAAGGAGUCUACCAGCAGGAUAUGAGUAUUUUGAGCCCUGUGACAGAUAACAAAUCAAACCUUGUGGGAAUUGUGGGAGGCCCAGAAGAAUACUCCAGAGCCAUGCAGUCAGAGGAGCUAUUCAGCAGGAAACUCAAAGCCUUGAAUGGUAGCAUGGGACCACCAACCUCAGGCAUGCAGGGGAAACCUGAUGGUGCAGGCAAAACAAAUGGUACCCCAGCCAUGCCUAAAAUGGGUGUCAGGGCCAGGGUGACAGAAUGGCCCCCGAGGAAAGAUGGAUGGGACGGACGGCCUUCUCCGAACUAUCAGAGCGUGAUACCAAUUUUUCAGAACGGCCAGCAGGAACAUACUGUGGAAAUACUAGAGCCUGGCGAGACGGUCUGUCUGGAGAUGGACUACACAGACAAAUACACACUGAGUGACCUUCUCAGCCACUCCCCGCUGAAGGGUCUCCACCCUAUCCGUCAGCGGAGCAACAGCGAUGUCACCAUAAGUGACAUAGACUCUGAGGACAUAAUGGACCAGAACGCUGUCAACCCAAACACUGGAGCCUCGCUGCACCGUGAGUACGGUAGCACAUCCUCUAUUGACCGUCAGGGCCUGGGUGGGGAUGGUUUCUUCACCAUGCUGAGGGGCUACCGAGUGGACACCCUGGACCACCGGAGCAUACCACCUCUGGGUUUCCCAGAGUUGUUGCGCUGUGAUGCCCCCUUUUCUCCCAGCUUGCAGACGGCAGCACAAAUCGCUAGGGGUGAGAUAGUCCACAUCCCAGGCUACGAUUACAUAGACAGUUCUCUUCUCUAUAGCCGGGAACAGGAAAAGUCCUUCAUGAGACGUCUUAAAUCGGAGUCAUCAGAAACAUCUCUGUUCAGGAAACUGCGAACCAUUAAGAGCGAGAGCGACGCACUGAGACUCUCAAUUGAGGAUGACAGGCGACCCCUCAGUUUUCAAAAAUGCUUUGCCCACUACGAUGUCCAGAGUGUACUUUUUAACAUCAGUGAGGCGGUGGCAAGCAGAGCUAACCUGAGUCAGAGGAAGAACACUACUACCGGGGCUUCAGCUGCCUCCGCUGGAAUAGGGCCUGGAGCUAGUGGAGUGUCCGGAGGUGGAGCUGGGGCUGGACCUGGAGCAGGGGCAGAUGGCGGAGCAGCAGGAUGUAGCAGUGGAAAUCCCCCCAUGUUUGAGUCUCCACUGGGCAGCAGGGAGGACUUGAACCCAAAGGAGAACUUGGAUGUGGAUGAGGGCGACGGGAAGAGCAACAGCUUAGUGCUGAGCUGUCCACACUUUCGCAAUGAGAUCGGUGGCGAGGGCGAGAGGAAAAUCUCCCUCUCCAGAGCCAACAGUGCCAACUACAGUGGUGUGUCAGAGAGCUGUUCUUUUGAAUCAUCUCUAAGCUCCCACUGCACCAAUGCAGGAGUCUCUGUGCUGGAGGUGCCUCGAGAAAACCAGCCAAUCCACAGGGAGAAGGUCAAACGCUACAUCAUUGAGCACAUUGACCUUGGGGCAUACUACUACCACAAAUACUUCUAUGGGAGAGAGCAUCAAAACUAUUUUGGGGUGGAUGACAAUCUGGGACCUGUGGCAGUCAGUGUACGCAGGGAGAAGCUGGAUGAAGGAAAGGAGAAGGAAGGAAUGCAGUACAACUAUCGGGUCACCUUCAGAACCAGUCAGCUGACCACCCUCCGUGGAGCCAUCCUGGAGGAUGCAAUUCCAUCCACGGCAAGACAUGGAACGGCUCGCGGCCUUCCGCUCAAAGAAGUGCUUGAAUACGUCAUCCCUGAGCUGAAUAUCCAGUGUCUGAGGCUGGCCCUCAACUCUCCCAAGGUCCCAGAGCAGCUCCUCAAGCUGGAUGAGCAGGGGUUAAGCUUCCAGCACAAGGUCGGGGUGCUUUACUGUAAGGCGGGCCAGAGUACAGAAGAAGAGAUGUACAACAACGAGAGUGCUGGACCGGCGCUGGAAGAAUUCUUAGAUCUGCUCGGCCAGAGGGUGCGGCUCAAAGGCUUCACCAAGUACAGAGCUCAGCUGGAUAACAAGACCGAUUCCACAGGCACACACUCUCUUUACACUACCUAUAAGGACUACGAGCUGAUGUUUCAUGUGUCCACCAUGCUCCCCUACACGCCCAACAACCGACAGCAGUUAUUAAGGAAGAGGCACAUUGGCAAUGAUAUUGUCACCAUAGUAUUCCAGGAGCCCGGGGCCCUUCCUUUCACUCCAAAACACAUCCGUUCUCAUUUCCAACAUGUGUUUGUCAUCGUCAAAGUCCACAACCCCUGCACUGAUAACGUCUGCUACAGUGUGGCCGUGUCCAGAUCGAAAGACGUGCCUCCUUUUGGCCCUCCUAUUCCCAAAUCUGUAACUUUCCCAAAGUCGGCAGUGUUCAGGGACUUCCUGCUCGCCAAGGUCAUCAAUGGAGAGAACGCUGCACACAAGUCAGAGAAGUUCCGAGCCAUGGCGACUCGUACACGGCAGGAGUACCUGAAGGACUUAGCCGAGAACUUUGUCAGUACGGCUACUAUAGACUCAGCUGUCAAAUUCAGCUUCAUCACCCUCGGAGCAAAGAAGAAGGAGAAGGUGAAACCUAGAAAAGAUGCACAUCUGUUCAGUGUGGGAGCCAUCACCUGGAGCGUCUGUGCCCGAGACUUUGGACAGUCGAUGGACGUGUACUGCUUGCUCGGCAUAUCAAAUGAGUUUAUUGUGCUCAUUGAGGAGGAAUCAAAAAACGUGGUCUUCAACUGCUCGUGUCGUGACGUCAUCGGAUGGACCUCAGGGAUUAUGAGCAUUAAGAUCUUCUACGAGCGUGGGGAAUGUGUCAUGCUGUCUGCACAUGACAACUGCGGAGAAGACAUACGGGAGAUGGUGCAAAGACUAGAGAUCACUACCAGAGGCUGUGAGACAUCAGAGAUGACUUUGCGUCGGAACGGACUUGGCCAGCUCGGUUUCCACGUCAAUUUUGAGGGCAUCGUGGCUGAUGUGGAGCCCUUUGGCUUCGCCUGGAAAGCAGGGCUGAGACAGGGCAGCCGUCUCGUAGAGAUCUGCAAGGUGGCUGUUGCUACGCUGACUCACGAGCAGAUGAUUGACCUACUGCGCACAUCUGUCACUGUCAAAGUGGUUAUAAUCCAGCCUCAUGAAGACGGCACUCCCCGAAGGGGCUGCUCCGAGCUCUACCGCAUACCAAUGGUGGAGUACAAGGUUGACAGCGAGGGUACACCCUGUGAAUACAAGACACCCUUCCGGAGAAACACCACCUGGCAUCGAGUGCCCACAGCUGCUGGACCACCUCUCUCCCGAGGCUCGCCCACUCAGGGCCCUGACCGGCUACAGUGCCAACAGAUCCUCCAGCAGCACCAGGCAGCGAUCCCACGAAGCACCUCCUUUGAUAGAAAGCUGCCAGAUGGGUCCAGGACAAUGCAGGAUAUGGAGAAUCCCCAAGUCACCUCAUGCAACAAGGGAGACCAGCACUACCGCAGCUCCCCCAGCAACCAGUCAUCCUCCAGUGAUCCAGGACCCUGCGGCAGCGGCACCUGGUCCCAGCAGCCUGGAUAUGAUGGGUGCCCCUCUCCCAUCCUCCAUGAGCGGCCAGGGGACAUGCAGGGGGGAGACGGAGAGAUCCACAGGGAGCGAGAGCCCACUCUGGAGAGGACCAGGUCUGCAGAGGCCAAAUGGCACAUUCCCUCCACCAAGAUCCUGAACCCUCUGAAGCAAAGAGAAGGAGGAAAAGACUCGCCCAACAAGCUGUCCAGGACGGGUGAUAAAAACUCGAGCCACUCAAGUAGCAACACCCUUUCAAGCAACGCCUCCAGCAACAGCGACGAUAAGCACUUUGGCUCUGGAGACUUGAUGGACCCAGAGAUGCUGGGCCUCACUUACAUCAAAGGGGCAUCCACAGACAGCGGCAUAGACACUAAUCCCUGUGUGGCCCCUGGGGCCCGGGUGUUGCUGCAGGGCAGGGUGGGGGAGCAGGGACAACCCUGGGUGUCGGAGCACCAUGAGGACGGGACGUCGGAAGAAGAUCACGGGAAGCUGUACUUACCACAGGGCUACGCUUCCGCCAUCAUGUCUAGUCAUGUGACGGAGGGCAGCAUUGGAGACCUGAGUGAGAUCUCAUCCCAUUCAAGUGGCUCACACCACUCUGGCAGUCCUCUGGCCCGCGGUGCCAGAUACUGUAUAUCCGCUGACUCGUCCAAGGUGUACACCAUCCCCCAGACCAGCAGCUCAGGGUCAGAGCCGGGGCCGGGGCCCGAGUCUGGGCCCAGCUCAGAGGCCUGUGGACAGACACGAACACAGGCCAGUUGCAAACUCCCAGUGGGCAUGAAGACGACCGAUGAUGAUGAUGACGAUGAUGAUGCCCACAGCACUGAGGGACCUCCCAGCAUUUCAGAGUGUGGAGGAGCGGAGAGCUUGUUAGCCUUCCUUCUCCAAAUGCUUUCUGAGCGUUCAAGGCAGCUGUAUGCGCAAGAGGCUGCCUGCCGGCUACAAGCUGAUGGAAAAUCACUGCAGAGACUUUCAAAAGAGGAAUACCUUAAAAUGAUGCUGCCCGUCAGCCCACCAGGAGAAGACAGGAAUCGGAAGGUGUCAGCCGUGGGCAGUCUGUCUCCGAGACGCUCCCUGUACCGAACGCUGUCGGAUGAGAGCGUGUGCAGUAACCGUAAAGGCUCGUCGUAUGCCAGCUCACACAGCUCCAUGCUGGACCAAGCCAUGCCUAACGACAUCCUGUUCAGCACUACUCCACCGUACCACAGCACGCUGCCUCCUCGCAUGAUCCACAACCAGGGAGCGUCCAACCUACGGAAUGAGUUUUGGUUCUCUGACGGCUCCUUGGCGGACAGGUCCAAGUUCAGCGACCCAGGCCUCAUGCCCCUCCCAGACACUGCCUCAGGCCUGGACUGGUCUCACCUGGUUGAUGCAGCACGAGCCUUUGAAGACCAGCGCGUGGCGUCUUUCUGCACCAUGACAGACAUGCAGCGGGCCGAAGCUCUGCAGAUCUCAAGAGAGCUGACCAGACGAGUGGUGGAGGCGGAGGGAGCAGCGCUGGAAGCAGACAGCUCUCCUUCGACUUUAACCGGCAAAGUCAACCAGUUGGAAGUGAUCCUCAGGCAGCUGCAGCACGACCUCAGAAAGGAGAAAGAGGAUAAGGCGAUGUUGCAGGAGGAGGUGCAACACCUGAGACAGGACAACAUGCGACUGCAGGAGGAAAGUCAGACGGCAGCAGCUCAGCUCAGGAAGUUCACAGAGUGGUUCUUUCACACCAUCGAUAAGAAACCCUGAGAGAGUGAGAGAGAGCGAGAGAGAUAGAGAAAGAAAGAGAGAGAGAGAGAGACACCUGCAAAGACAAAGGAGAGAGAGCAAGAUGGCCUUCACUCCUCCUGGGCACCCACUCAACUCCUACUUAAGACUCCCAGAUGAUCCACAGGCAAACUCUAAAACAAACCAUUACCGGCCCCAAGAGUAAUCAAGACUCUUUAAAAAGCCCCAUGCUUCAGGAGACUGUUGUGCAGCCCUGUAUGAGAGACUUGAAACCCUGAUCUGGACCUUAGUUUUUGGAUCCUUCCCUGUCUGAAGUGCAGGGCUGUUUCUGAUGUUAACGGUUUCUUUCUCCUGGCAAACGAGACUCUUGGGAAACCUCCUCAUCUCCGGCGCUGGAGACGAAUUGAGAACGGCAACCCCCGGGGCCCCCGCCUGAGUCCUUGGGAUCUUCUUACAGUAGUGGAAUGUAAAGCUCAUUUACUGUAGUCAACAUAUAAUCUACCUACGUAUGUCGCGUCAGUCUACUGUACUGUAUACUCAGCUGUACUGUAUCAUACUGCACACACUGUCACACAGCUGUUUCUGUGCCGGCCUUCACGGACACAGGAAAGUAGAAGGGCGAGGCGAGAGGGAGGAGGAGAGGAGGAAUGUACUGGACAUAAUGAAGUGGUACUUACUGUCUGCUUGCACCAAGAGGAGUCCACAUGUGGCGGUCUUGAAACGUACAGUGGGGGGAAAAUGAAUGUAGCUCAACUGAAACCCCUGGGUUUUUUGUUUGUGUUUUGUUUUUUUUUUGCUCUGGAUUUACGGUUCCCAAAGUCAAAAGUUUUGAGGUUUGAUGUUUUGAGAUUUUUCUUUGAAUUAAUUCCACCUUUUAUUUUCCUCUGUGUUGUAACGUAGAGUCACAUGGCAGUAAUUUUGAUGUUUAAAGGUGCUUUUUCCCUACACACGUUUGUCAGUAGUUUCCAUUCACUGUCACAAUGUCCUAGCAAUAACAAAGUGGUAGUUACAAAACUGUGUUUAAAAAAAAAAGGCGUUAGCACAAACAUGAAGCGUUCCUGUCAAGAAGCAGUUGUAUUUGACAUGUAUUUAUAAAACAGGAAGAGACUGUGCCUAAAACUCUUGGUUGUAAAUGGAUUGUUUCUCUUUGCUUUUAGUUCUCUUUUCUAAACACAUGCCUUGUCUGUGGCUCACUGACAUAAAAUCAUGUGUGUGAAUGAGUCUGUGUGUAUGUCUGUGUGUAUAUCUGUGUGUAUGAGUGGUUGUGUGUAGUUUAUCACAGCAAACUAUGUUCUUAUGCAGUGGUUUCUAGAGCAUUAGAGCAAGCGCCAGUGAACCACACUUACAAUGCCAAAUGUGUUUAUUUCUGUACAUAUCUGCCACAGAAGUGUCUUGUAUUUAACACUAUUAUUUAAGCUUAUUUAACCUAAAGUUGUUUAUUUUAUUAAGGUUUUCUUUCUGCACUAAGGAGAGAUAAAGCUCUGUGUAUGUUGUAAAGUGUGUAGCUUGCCAGGGCAAAAAAAAUAUAUAUUUAAAUAUAUAAAUGAUGAUUUUGGAGAUUCCAACAUUUGGAUGCUGCUAGAUUACAGUUUGCUGGUUUGUAUGCUUUUAAAAAUGUCUCUCUCCAUAAACUGUCUCAUCCCUGGUGGGACAUGGGUUGCUUUUUUUUGUUUGUUUGGUUGUUUUUUUUAAUAAAUGUAGUUGUAAAAAUAAA